AAAUUGGUUUGUGCGCUUAUCAGAAAGAUAACAAUGCUGAUACACUUAGCGUUCUUCGGAUACUUGUGCUGCACAGCAUCGUUGGCAGCGUCUCCGUGCGUGGCCAGGGACUACCAACAUGGCAGCGUGGUGUGCGUGUGCAACUCCACCUACUGCGACACCGUCCAGCCAAUCACGGCGCAGCAGCUGGCGGGCAGGACGCUGCGACACUACGUGUCCUCCAAGGCGGGCAAGAGGUUCAGCGCCAUGGACAUGAGCUUCUCCGACUCCGUCGAGAACCCCGCAGCGGGGGCCGAGUCGCCGCUGAGCUUCUCGGUGGACAGGAACCAGAGGCACCAGGAGGUGCUGGGAUUCGGCGGCGCCAUCACCGACUCCGCGGGCUUCAACAUCAAGUCCCUCACCGCGACGCUACAGGAACAGCUACUGAGGGCGUACUUCGCCCCCGAGGGCAUCGGCUACACGUUCCUGAGGGUGCCCGUGGCGGGCUGCGACUUCUCGCUGCGCUACUACGAGUACGACGACGACCACCCGGGCGACGGCCAGCUCCGGUACUUCAACCUCACCGUCGAGGACUACCUGUACAAGAUGCCCGUUAUCCGCCGCGCCCAGGAGCUGAGCAACUCCUCGGUGAAGCUGUUCUCGGCGCCCUGGUCGGCCCCGGACUGGAUGAAGAACAUCAACUCCACGACCCUGGCCAGCAGGCUCAAGAAGGAGUACUACGCCAGCUGGGCCAACUACUACGUCAAGUUCCUGCGCGCGUACGAGCAGCACGGCCUGGACUUCUGGGGGGUCACGCCCCACAACGAGCCGCUGGCCAACGGCUACUACACGGGCAACUGGAACACCAUGGGCUGGGAGCCCGCCGACCUGCGGGACUGGUUCGCCGGCCACCUGCGCCCCGCGCUCGCCGCCGCCGGCUUCGGCCGCCUCAAGGUCAUGGUGGGCGACGACGCGCGCGGCACCGUGGGGCUGUUCGCCGACCUGCACUUCGGCAACGAGACGGUGAAGGACAUGGCCGAAGGGGUGGCCUACCACUGGUACGACGAGAACAGCGACAACCUCAAGCUCCUGGGACGAGUGCACGAUCUGUACCCUGACAAGUUCCUGCUGCCCACCGAGGCCUGCUACCUCUCUGGAGGAACUGAUGGAGUGCGAUUGGGAUUCUGGGACAGAGCAGCUAAAUAUGCCACAAGCAUAAUCGAGAACCUGAACAACUGGGCCAGCGGCUGGGUGGAGUGGAACCUGGCGCUGAACACUGACGGCGGCCCCAGCUGGUACGGCAACUCGGCGGACUCCCCCGUCAUCAUCCACAAGACGACGGACGAGUUCUACAAGCAGCCCAUGUUCUACGCCAUCGGCCACUUCUCGGCCUUCGUGCCCCCCGGGUCGCGCCGCAUGGGGCUCCGGGCGGCUUCCGGGGGCAGCUCCCUGGAGGCGGUGGCCUUCCUGCGGCCGGACAACGUCACCGUCGUCGUCUUCCACAACGCCGAGACCAGUCCGCGCCAAGUCAUCCUGAAGGACGCGGCCAAAGGAGAAGUGAUGCUGAAAAUAGAGGCGGAGAGCAUAAACACUAUACUGUAUUAGUGAGUGGCAAAAAGGAAUGCACAAAUAAAUAAAUAUAUUUUUUUUAAAUAAAAAUA